AUGACUUUCCUUCCAAAGUGGUUAACUUUUCUAAAAGGCAAAGAGGUUGUUAUUGCUAAUGCUAUAAUUGCAAUAUUGACAAUUGGUGGGCAGCAGCUCUUCUCUUUUUUUACAUUCAGCUGUCCCUGUCAUGUUGGGCAGAACCUUACCUAUGGGCUGGCUUUCUUAGGAGUUCCUGCACUGAUCCUUCUAAUUGUUGGCUAUGCCCUGAAUAACCAGACUUGGAGGCUUGUUACAGGCAAAAGGUCUCCUCUUGAGGAAGAGACUACACCAAAUCGGUUACUGCAAUGCAAACUGAUCUGCUUCGUCUUGUGCAGCAUCACUGGGAGAGCACUGGUUGCUCCAGUAACGUGGCUAGCAGUCACCCUGGUAAAUGGCUCAUAUUACGUCUGUGCCAUGAGUGAGUAUGUCUCCGUGCACUAUUAUGGAGCUGAUCCUAAUGUUACUGCUAGUGAACGCAGAAGGAUACUGGCUGCAUUUCCAUGCAGUCAGUUAGUUCCUCCGGAGCUGACCCAGGCAAGAGAUGAAGUGAUACUCCUACUCCGAUACCAGUCACAAGUGGCUGGCUGGCUUCUGAUUGCUGUGGUAGUCAUCACUGUCUUCCUGUCUUACUGCCUGGCAAGCUGUUUCUCCCCACUCAGCUUUCUGCAUUUCAGAUACUGGAGCAACUAUGUCCAUAAUGAGCAGGAGCUCUUUGAUGAAGCGACGGACCAGCACUCCAGGCUCUAUGCCAUGCAGCAUGUAAGGAAGUUCUUUGGCUUUGUCCCAGGGAGUGAAAAUGUAAGGGAAAUCCGUAUCCCAUCUCUCAGAGAGUGGCAAGCCAUUUCUGGACUGGCCUUCCUAAAACGAGUGGAUGAGGAGCACUAUGACUACAGCCUCCUCCAUGACUGGGCACUCAGGGAGUCUGCACAUGAAAAAUACCUGAAGAUUGAUGAAGACCCUAUCCAUGGUGGAAAAAAGGCAAGCUUUAAUUCCCCGGUGCAGUAUGUUGCAGUGCUGAAACUUUCAUGUGAUGGACGCGUUGGUUCGUCAGAUGUAUUGUCAGAAAAGCCAACAACUUUCACAAUCACUGUGACAUCUGAAGCGGGAGAAAAUGAUGAAACUGUCCAAACAACCCUUAAAUUUACCUAUAGAGAAAAAUAUCCUGAUGAAACUCCACUUUAUGAAAUUGUCUCACAGGAGAAUCUUGACGAUAACGAUGUCACGGACAUAAUAAAACUACUAGAACAACAGGGACUGACUUUGAGGUUUGAGUUUGGUAAAUGA